AUGGAAGCCUGUAUACCUGAAACAUUUAGAAGUGGGACAGUCUUAGUGACCGGAAGUACGGGGUUUCUCGGGAAGAUCCUCGUUGAAAAAAUACUCAGAUCUUGUCCUAUAAAAAAAAUUGCGAUCUUAGUGAGAAAUAAAAAAGGAAUUGAUGCUAAUCAGAGGGUGGCAGAUAUCUAUAAACAAGCUGUAUUUGAUCGACUUAGAAGUGAAAAACCAGAUUUUAUGGACUUUAUCAAAAUCAUUGAGGGUAAUCUAGAAGAUUCAUCAAUGGGUUUGGUGACAGCUAAUCGCGAUUGGGUAGUUGAAAAUGUUAACUUUGUUUUUCAUUGUGCGGCUACAAUUAAAUUUAACGAAACUCUCGAAUCGGCAUCAAAAAUAAACAUACUAGGGACUGAAAAACUUCUGUCUUUAGCAACGCAAAUGAAGAACCUUAAGGGGUUUGUGCAUGUGUCGACCGCUUAUUCACAUUGUCCCAGGGGUGAAAUCAAAGAAAAAUACUAUCCUGUUCCAAUUACGACCAAGGUGCUAAAAAAUAUGUUUAGUCUCAAUAAUUCUACACCAAGAAUUUUAGAAGAUUGGCCCAAUACAUAUUGUUUUACAAAAGCAAUUGCAGAAAAUUUGGUGUUAAUAAAUGGUAUUCAUUUACCAAUUUCAGUAUUUCGUCCAUCAAUUAUCGGAUGUACAAAAUCGGAACCUGAUCCCGGUUGGCUGGAAAACAUGAACGGACCGUCUGCCAUAGUUGCCGGUGUUAUGACUGGAUUCUUGAGGACCAUUCCGAUUGUCAAAAAUAAAGUUACGGACAUAGUACCAGCGGAUUACACCGUAAAUGCAUUAAUUAGUGUCAUGUGGGACACUGUGAAUAGAUAUCAAAACACAAAUCUGAUAAAUCAGGAACCAAAAAUAUAUAAUUACGUUUCUAGUGUCGAAAGUCCCUUGUUAUGGGGCAGAUUUAUAAAAGAAAUGAAUGGUCAUUAUCAUGAAGCUCCACCUUUACAGUCAAUAUGGUAUAUGUUUUGUAUUUUUUAUUCCAAUUUAUGGAUUGUAAAAAUUUUGAGAUUCCUAUUCCACCGGAUACCAGCUACGUUGAUUGAUUUUUUGCUAAUCGCAUGCGGUAAAAGUCCUAAAAUGUUGAAAAUGUAUGUAAAAACGGAAUGCAUGAUAGAUUUACUUUAUGAGUUUACUACGAGACAGUGGAAAUUCGACAAUAGUAACACCAGAGAACUGUGGUCAUUAUUAAGUCAAGACGACCGUAACACAUUUUGGUACAGCUUGGAAGAAUUUGAUUGGGCGUCCUAUGUAAAAAUUUAUUUCUAUGGUAUCAGAAAACACGUGUUACAUGAAAAAUUGAGUAACGUGGCUAGAGCUACGGUAAAAAAUCGAAAAUUAUUUUGGUUGCAUCAGUUAUGUAUUUAUGUAUUUAUUUACGUUACUUUUCAAGUAUGUUGGACGUUUGUAUCGUAUUUCUAUUGAUUGACAAAAUGUAUUGGUACAGAAUAUUUCAGUGGUUAUAAUAAGUUGUCAAUUGUAAUUAA